GACGGUUUUUUUGUUUUUUCAUUUGACUUUAUAUUUUUUUAAUAAAUAUUUUUAUUUAAUUUUAAUCUAUAAAUCUGUUGUCGUUUAAAAUCUAUUAUUGAUUUAAUUACUUCUAUAAAUUGUUAAAACACUUCCAUAUAGUGAUCAGUCUACAGUGAAAAGUUGAUAGAUAAACUUUAAUACUUAAAAUGUACAAAAUAAUUUUUCUAAUUUUUUGCUUGAUGUUUAUGGCUUUGUGUGCUGAGCACCCAAGCUGGUAUCCGGAAAACGCCGAUGAAAUAAAAAAACAAUGCGCUGAAGAAAAUCAAUUAGCACCGAACUUUGGAAUGACAUUAACGUAUGAUCAGUUAGCAAAUAACACAAAUGCACAUGCAGCUUACUUGUGUGCCGCCAAGGGUUUCAAUUUUUACAGCGAGGACGAGGGUGUAAAUGUGGAUCGAAUGAUUUAUUUUCUGUUUAAAACAAGUACAAAAUGUAUAAAUCGCAAGGCAAAGGAAUGUGUGGAAACACAUAAAGAAAUACCCUCAGCCGGUGAAAUGAUCCUUAAAUUACACUAUUGCAUUUUAGAAGUUUUCAAAGGACCGGAAACGGAGGAUUGAAAACGUUACAAAUAAAUGUUAAAGUUUUACAUAUAAAAAAUUUCCAAUUGUUGGAAAAUUUCUUAUUAAAAAAAUGUUUAUUUUUUUUGAAUUCACAUUGUUUAAUUAGUAGUUAAUUAUUAAAUUAAUCUCAAAUAUCUGGAAGAAUACUUUAGAAAUCUGGUUAAACAAGGAAUGAAUAUAAGCAAUUAAAAAUUACUAAUUACGGGGCCUGUAACAGAAUUCUAUCGAAAGUGUAAUAAAGUUUAGAUUUUUAAUAAAUAUUUUUUAUAAAAUAUUUUUAAAA